GAACCUGGUGGACGAGAACUACGAGAACCAGAGGCGGCUGGAGAAGCUGAUGAUCGAGGAGAAGGUCGCCGAGGAGGCCGAGCGGCGGCGCAAGAAGGGCCUGCAGAAGAAGACCUUUACCCCGCCCAUCUCGGGCUGCCCGUCGGUGUCGCACACGCCCCGCCAGCGCUUCUCCAUUUCCCCGCAGCGCCUCGCGUCCCCGCCCGCGCAGGUGCAGUCCCCCGUGCAGCGGUUCUCCUCGCCGCCGCAGCUGCCGCUGUCGCCGGUGCAGCAGUUCGUGACGCCGCCGCAGGUGACCUCGCCCUCCGCCAAGUUCGCGUCGCCGCCGCCGACCUUCUUCUCGCCGGUGCAGUCCUUCUCGCCGCCGCCGCACCAGACGUCGACGCCCCUGCAGAGCGCCACGGCCUCGGUCUACUCCACGCCCCUCUUCUCGCCCACGCAGUUCGGGCAGGCGACCGCGCCUCCUCAGCAGCCGGGGACGCUCAGCCCCACGCAGCUGACGACGAAGCUGCACCAGCUGCAGUCGCAGGGGCCGCAGAUGAAGUCGCUGAGCCAGACGAGCCUCCAGCAGACCUCCCACAGCACCACCUCCCAGAGCGUCUUCAGCUCCCACUCGACCUCGCAGGUGCCGGCGACCCAGAAGUCCUUCCUGCAGAAGAAGGCGAAGGAGCCUCCCAUGGAGAUACAGGACCCUCAGCUCCUGACGGAGGAACAGAAGAGGAAGCAGCUGCAGCAGCUGAUCCAAGAGAAGCGCCGCCUGGAGGAGCUGAUGAUGGUGGCCAAGAGGAGGGAGUCGGCGAGCGAGAUGCCUCCGCCGCCGCCCAAGGAGCCCUCCGUCGGCCCCCCGGAGGUCACCUCCCCGACCAUGAAGAUGAUCGAGCUGGAGGCGCAGGAGGCGGCGCUCGAGCAGCAGGCCGAGGCAGAGGAGGCGAGCGCCCUCCCUCUGGCGCGCCCCUCGGCCUUCACGCCGUCGACGCUCCUGAAGCAGGAGGCGCUGACGAAGCGCAAGGAGGAGGAGGAGAGGAUCAGGGAGGAGAACCGCCGCCGCGACGAGCAGAUCCGGAGGAUGCAGGAGAAGAACCUGGAGGAGAAGCGCAAGAAGGGCGCCAUCAAGAAGUACGAGAACUUCUCGGUGGACGACAUGCGGCGCGACCGCCACCGCCACCACGACCAGCGGCGCCUCAAGUCGGAGGAGCGGCGCCUGCCCGACGCGUCCGCCGCCGCCGCCGACCGGAGGCGCUCGGCGCAGGACGCGGCCUCCGGCGGCGCCAGCCCGCAGUGGAAGUCCGAGCAGGAGCUGGCGGACAUCGAGAAGAAGAAGCAGGAGGCGAGGCUGAAGAUCGGGGAGCAGAAGAAGCGCGACGAUGCCAGGCACCUGAGGCUACAGAGGAAGCAGUUCGAGGCAAUAGCGAUGCAGGAGAGGAAGAGAGUCGAGGAGAAAAGGAAGCAGGAGGAUAAAAAAAAAUUGCAGGAGCAGUUUAAAAAGGAUCAGCAGAGGAUCCAGGAGGAGAUGAAGAAGAAGGAGGAAUCGAAAAAGCAAGAAGAACGGAGAAAAGAAGAGGAAAAGAGAAUAGAGGAAGAGAAGAGAAUUGCAGAAGAACAGCGGAGACUUGAAGAACAAAGAGCAGAAGAAGCGAGACGCAGAGAGGAAGAGAAGCGUCUUCAGGAACAAAAAAGAAUUGAAGAACAAAAGAGAAAAGAGGAAGAGAGAAGAAUAAAAGAACAGAAAAUACUCGAAGAACAAAAAAGAUUAGAAGAACAAAGGAGAUUGCAGGAACAGAAGCGAUUGGAAGAACAAAGAAAGCGUGAAGAGGAACAAAAGAGAAUAGAAGAACAGAGAAGAUUAGAAGAACAGAAAAGGUUGGAAGAACAAAAGAGAAUAGAAGAACAGCGAAGAUUAGAAGAACAGAGAAGGUUGGAAGAACAAAAAAGGUUGGAAGAACAAAAAAGGUUGGAAGAACAAAGAAGAUUAGAAGAACAAAGAAGAUUAGAAGAACAGAAGAGAUUGGAAGAACAAAGAAGAAUAGAGGAGAAGAAAAGGUUGGAAGAACAAAAGAGAUUAGAGGAACAGAGGAAAUUAGAAGAACAGAAAAGAUUGGAACAAAAAAGAUUAGAAGAACAAAAAAGAUUGGAGGAACAGAGAAGAUUAGAAGAACAAAAGAGGAUAGAAGAACAGAGACGAUUGGAAGAACAAAGAAAAUUAGAAGAACAGAGAAAACUCGAAGAACAAAGGAAGAUGGAGGAAAAGCGAAGAUUGGAAGAGGAGAAGAGGCGAGAAGCGGAAAAGAAGGCGGAAGAACAAAGAAAACUUGAAGAACAGUUGCGCCAAGAAGAGAAGAGAAAGUUAGAAGAACAAGUGAGACUCGCGGAAGAGGAGAGAAAGCGGGAAGAACAAAGGAAGCAGGAGAAGCGCAGAGAGAAGAAGCGCGCAGAGGCCCAGAGGAGGGCGGAGGAGAAGAAGGUCAAGGGCGAGGAGCUGCGGCUGAAGGAGCGCAAGAAGAGCGAGGAGCAGGCGGAGGAGCAGCUGCGGCUGGAGGACAUGCGGCGCCAGGAGGAGGAGCGCAUGCGGCAGGAGGCGCAGGUCUACGAGAACUACCGCCGCCACCUGGAGGAGAAGAAGAAGUCGCAGUUCUACGACUCGGACGACUACGCCUCCGAGUGGGACCUGCCCGACGACGAGGAGGAGGCGGAGGAGGCGCCCAAGGCGUCGCCGCACCAGGAGGAGAAGUUCGAGGAGCUGCAGGCGCAGAGCGAGGAGGAGCUGUACGAGGCGCAGGAGAAGUCCAUCCGCAACCUGGAGCGGCAGAUCCGCAAGCAGAGCGACCGCGAGAAGCGGCGCCGCUCCGAGAAGCAGCAGGGCGCGCGGCGGCCGCAGGCGCAGCAGGCGCAGGAGGCGACGGGGCCGCAGCGCUGGCACUCGGCCAGCACGGGCGACCUGCGGGCGUCGCGCACGCUGCCCGUCACCAAGUUCAGCCCCGACCCCAUGGAGUUCGGCUUCCGCCCCAUCGAGCGCCCGCACGCCAAGCUCUCCAAGUCCACCGGCAACCUCAGCGGCGGCGCGUCGGCGGCGGCGGUGGCGGCGGUGGCGGGCGCGGAGGCGGGCGCGGGAAUAUGCAAAUUAAGUCCCAAAGUUCCCAUUAACAAGACUUUAUUUGAAAAAUCUCCUGAUCCCACUAUCUUCCGGGAGUUACUUCUGGGCUGGGUGUCCAAAGGAGUUUUCUUUUACGGCCUACUAGUACUAGUGCUAGUAAAAGGCCCUUCACUAGUAGUACCAUUACUGGGAGCAAAUGGCAAUGAUUAUAUGAAGUAUGGAAGAUAUGACGUAUUGUGUUAUGAUUUGGAGAAUAUUUUCACAAAUAUUGAUUUUAUAGUAUAAAAACAG